GCUGCAGCCUCCUCUACUUCCGUGAGACCAAGCCGAGGCUCAGAGACCGCUUUGUAGAGCACCUGCGUUCUGUUAGCGACAAACAACCACACUUCCCGGUUGCGAACCACUUCAAUUCCCCCUCCCACUCCCACUGCGUGGGUGAUAUGUCCAUCCUGGGCCUCCUCCAGUGUCACAAAUGUCGCCUCUUGGGAACGAGAGGAGCAGCACCUCGUAUUUCCGCCUCGGGAACCUACAACCCAAUGGUCUCAAUGCGGACUUGACCAGUUUCAAACUCUUCCCAUUCUCAGUCUCAUCCCAUGGUCAACCCUCCCUCUCAUCCCCGCCUCCUUGACUCCCCACUCAUUGACCAAUCCCCACCACUGCCUACCUGCACUCACCUAUUACCAUCCCACCUACCUACCCCAGCCCCACCCUACUCCCUAUUUAUUUGAGCCCCCUUCCCUCCUUCUGUUUCUGAAAAAAAAAGCUCUAGACCCGAGACACCAGCUUCCUUGCUCCUCUGCUGCUGCCUGGCCUGCUGUGUUCCUCCAGCUCCACACUGUGUUAUCUCCGACUGUAGCAUCGGCAGUUCCUGCUAUCUCUUUAGAUUUAUGACGUGCUUGCUAAUCAGAUGAGUACAGCAAGGCACCUUGCCGGAGGCAAUCCCACUGAACAAUCCGGAAGAAAGACUUAAAUCGCCUCCCGAGCUGCGGACGAUCCGGGGAAGGAAAAUGGCUACUAAUUUAGAGAUUGACUUGUGUUGUCCUGUUUGCCUGGAGGUCUACCGAGACCCGGUGCUACUCCGCUGCGGCCACAACUUCUGCAGAGUCUGCAUCGAGAGAUACGUAGAGGAGUCAGAGGAACCACUGACCUGCCCUUGCUGCCGAGCAGAGUUUGAGGAGGAUUCGAUCUACUGCAAUCGGCAACUGGCCAACGUGAUAGCCGGAGUGUUGGACCUCCGGGUCGGUGCCGGAGCGCCGGAUGGGGACCUGCAAUGUGAGAGACAUAGGAAGACUCUGGAACUCUUCUGUCUGGACGACAAAAUACUCGUCUGUUUGAUCUGCGCACUCUCCCAAGAUCACAAAGGUCACAACUGCGUCCCGAAAGAUGAAGCGUAUGAGGAAUGCAAGGAAAUACUGAAAUGUGAAAUUGCAUCGCUGGAAAAGGAGUUUAAAAAGUAUGCAACAAUGCGCAUGUCACAGGGGCAAAGCAUCACUCAACUAUUGGACAUGACAGGAAACUUAAGAGAAGAAAUUGCAGCGAAAUUUGAAAUCUUGCACAAUUUUCUGAAAACGAAGGAAUGUGCAAUCAUGCAGAACCUUGCAGAAAAAGAAGAACAUAUUCUGAAACAACUGGAGGAAAAUGUUUUGAUACUUUCAAGAGAGUGUGACAACGUGGAAGCAAUAAUACAAGAUAUCUCUGUCGUGGUACAUUCAGAAGACAGCAACCAGUUAUUGAAGAAAUUUUCCAACCUUAAGAAAAGAGUUGAAUCAAUUUACGAUCCGAUACUGAAGAGACCAGAUGUCAAUUUGGAUGAAUUUUAUGGUCCUCUACAGUAUGGAGCUUGGAAACAGAUGAAGAAAGUCAUUAAAAUAGUUCCGAGUCCACUUCGAUUUGACCCCAAGACAGCCAAUCGUCACCUUCGCAUAUCAAAUCUCGGACGUAAAAUGACUUACUGUGAAAUACAGUCGGAGCCCCCAGCGACUCCUGAGAGAUUUACGAACCACCUCAGCGUUGUCGCCUCGUCUGGAUUAACCUCCGGAAUUCACUACUGGGAGGUAAAUGUGAGCGAAGGCUCUGACUGGUACCUCGGAGUGGCCUCAGCAUCCGUCAACAGGAAGGUGUGUGCCGCAACCAAGCCGGAGAACGGCUAUUGGACCAUAGCCCGCAGAUGUGGGGUAAAUUACUUUGCUUAUGACAGAGAAAGAGUGCCCAUCAAUCCUGACAUUAAUCUAGAAAUGGUUGGCGUUCAUCUUGAUUAUGAAAGAGGGAAGCUGUCCUUUUAUGAUGCCGAGGAUAUGUCCCAUAUUUAUACGUUUAGUGACACGUUUACAGAGAAACUUUACCCGUAUUUUAGCAUUAAUUGCAAUGAACAGUCUGUGGUGCCGACCUUAGAGCUGUUUCAUCUGGGUUUGGGCCCGGGGCCUGCCCUCUUGGCGGUGGUGGGGCCCGGGCCUGCACUCUUGGCAGCGGUAGGGCCCAGGGCCCGCACUCUUGGCAGCGGUAGGGCCUGCACUCUUGGUGGUGAUAGUCCUGGAGCCUGCACUCUUGGCAGCUGUAGGCCCGGAGCCUUCACUCUUACGGCAGGACUAUUGGCAGCAGCGGUGCCUCAAAUAGGAACUCCUGGUGGCAGUAGGCCCAGAGCCUGGAUUCUUAGCAGUGGAGGUGCCCUGGUGGCAGUAGGCUCAGAACCUGGACUUUCGGCAGCGGCAGUGGCCAGAUCCUGGAUUUUGGUGCUGUUGGCAAGCGCGGCCGUCAGGGAGCGGACAGUGCCCGCGAUAUUGGCCAUCCGUCUGUCGGGCCUGAGUGCCCUCGCCGGCAGCCGGCAGCGACAUUCCGGGCAGGAACAGUUCCCACCAUCCCAGAAGACCAGAAUGCAGCCCCUGCAGAAAACGUGCCCACAAUCCAGGGAGACCGGCUCGUCAAAAUACUCCAGGCAGAUGGAGCAGGUCAGCAGCAUAACAGAUAUCAGUCUUCAGCCAAUUCGAUUCACUACACUUGAUAUCCAGAAAUGGUUGGAAGCACUGGGUAUGGCAAAGAUUGAGCCCUGGCGACAUUCUGGCCAUAGUAUUGAAGACUUCUGCUCCAGAAUUUUCCACCCCCUGGCCAAGAUGUUCGAACACAGUUGUAACAGUGGCAUCUACCUGACAGUGAAAAUGGUUGUGGUUAUUGGAGAUCAGUUAUUUCAGGUCCAGGACAUCUCUGCAGGAUUUUCUCAGGCAAGUAUCCCAGGCCCAAACAUCUUCAGAGUCGUCAUGGCGUCCUUACGAGUGCUGGAAAGUAUGAAGGAUGAGGCGGUCUGCUCAAUCUGCCUGGAUUUUUACAACGACCCGGUUACCAUAGACUGCGGCCACAACUUCUGCCGAGACUGCAUCCGAAACUACUGGGCGCCGGUGCAGGGCAAGGUGACGUGCCCGCAGUGCCGGACCCAGUUCAUCCAGAGGAACGUCAGGCCCAACUACUUCGUCUCCAACAUCGUGGAGAGCGUGAGGAAACUGAGCCUGGGCCAGGGGGAAGCGCCGUCACUGUGUCCCGAGCACGACGAGAAGUUCAAAAUGUUCUGCAGGGACGAUCAGAGGCCCAUCUGCGUGGUGUGCUCCACGUCCUGGCGACACCGGGGCCAUGCGGUCAGCCCCAUCGCCGAGGCUGUGGAACUCUACAAGGGCAUGCUGCAGAAAAAGGUGGAUUUGCUGCAGCAAGAACUGGCGGAGGUCAAUAAGAGUCAGAUGGAGGAAGAGACCCACAUAAACACAGUGAAGCUGCAGGCUGGUAGUCUGCAGAACAGUAUUGCGGCUAAAUUCGACCAGCUGCACCAGUUUCUGCAUCAGCAGGAACAGAGCCUUCGAACAAAGCUGCAGCAAAAGGAGAAGGCUACACUGCAGAAACUGGAACAAAACCUGGACAAAAUCUCUGAACAGCGCAUCGCCAUGGAACAGACAGUGGCAGAAAUACAGAAGAGGCUGACUCUACAUGAGACUGAAUUCCUGAAGGGCAUUAUUUCUGUUCUCGACAGGCCUGUGCUGCAGUUUAAGACGCCCACAAAAGUGUCCACUGAUCUUGGCCUUGGUGAAUUUUCAGGUCCUCUGCAGUACUUCGCUUGGAAGCAGAUCUUGAAGCUGAUUAAUCCAGUUCCAGCUGCUCUGAAUCUGGACCCGAACACAGCACACCCCCGGCUAGUGGUGUCAGACCAGCAGACCAGCCUGAAGUUCAGCGAAAGCAAGCAGCAGGUCCCUGACAAGGCGGCAAGGUUCAUGAACUGGCACAGCGUGCUGGCACGUGAGGGUUUCAAAGCGGGUCAGCACUACUGGGAAGUAAAGGUGGGCAAUAACAGCACCUGGGCAGUGGGGCUGGCGAAGGAGUCUGUACCACGCAAGAAGGAUUUCUCGCCAGAACCGGGUGCUGGGGUCUGGGCCUUGUGGCGGCUGAAGGACGAGUACACAAUCCUGACCACUCCUCGGACUGCCCUCCCCAUCCAGACCAGACCCCGGACGCUGGGGGUCUACCUCGACUAUGAAGCAGGCCAGGUGUCGCUGUAUGAUGCAGCAAGUCUUUCUCAUCUCCACACCUUCACUGAUAAAUUCACUGAGAAAGUCCACCCCUUCCUCCUAACAGGCUGUGCACUUGACUCGUUGAAACUCAUCCACUUGCAGAUAUAAAACAUAAAAUUUAGGUGUAAGCAUAUGCCACCCAGCCCAUUGAGUCUCUAUCAUUCAAUGAAAUCAUGGCCAAUUUCAUCAUUCUCAAACUUCACCUUCCUGCCUUUCCCCAUUCCCUCACUGAUUAAAAAUCUUUCAAUCUCAGCUUUGAAAAGAUGUUACCAUCAGGUUUACUCAAUGUCAUGUGUCUUAAGUCUCAUUAACAGUCCAAUUUAAAAGAAUAUUUCAUUAAAGGCAAAACAGGGAUAGUAGUCAUGAGAAUUGAUAAUUUUCUAUUUACAGGAAUAGAAAUGUACUCCACUAUUCCUUCAGAUGUUUUGAGCUAAACCUCUCGAGGUCCAUUUUAUAGUCUCACUCAACUUUCUGCCUUCAAAAUGCUUCUGAAAAGCUACAGGUUUGGCCAAUGAACUGUUAAUAGAUCUCGACCUUCUCAUGUCAGUCUGAACAGAAAGUUUUUACCAUGUUCGGAAAUCAAUGACUGUCUUUGGAAUUGAAUAGUCCAGUUUCCUGAAAGUAUCACAUUUACUGUGAAGUGUGGUGAACUUGAAAGUUGUAAUGCAUUUAAUAUUUCUGCCUUCAAAAAGCAUAAAUAAAAUUAUAGUCAUCAAGAUCGUAGGGAGGCCAGACAUGAUUUUAAUUGGUGCCCCAAACAUUAUCUUCCGUGUCUACUCCCUUUACCAGUGAUGCUCAGUACACACUUCUGCUAUUGUCUACAAGAUGCACUGCAGAAAUUCACCAACGAUUCUCAAUUAGCACCUUCCAAACCCACGACUACGUCUAACCAGAAGAACCAGGGCAGCAGAUAUAUAGGAAUGCUACCACCUGCAAGUUCCCUUCCAAGCCCCUCGCUAUUCUGUCUUGAAAAUAUAUCUCAAUUUCUCCAAUGUCGCUGGUUGAAAUUGUAGAAUUCCCUCCCCAAGAGCAUUGGCAGGUCUACUUACAGGACAUGGACUGUAUCAGUUCAUGAAAGCAGCUCACUACCACUUCUCAAGGCCAACUGGGGACAGACAAUAAAUACUGGCCCAGCUAGUGACACCUACAUCUUAAGAACAAAUGUCAUACGGUAAAUAAAACAAGUUACAUUUUCUUUAAUAACUAAUGGACAAACAGUUGUGAGAUCAUUGGAACAUUUACUUAAGUCUGUUUGUACUUAGACUUCAAUCUCACUGCUCUUCACACCGAUUCAAAUGUUGUUGUGACUCUGACAGGGGAGACUGCUGAUAAUCAAGUCCCUGACGGAUGAUUUUCGGAGCAGAUUUCAGAUUUUGAUGGGAAACAGUUAGGAACCGUGGCGUUACAACCUCAUCAGGCUUCACAAAUACUUCGAGCGAGCGAGAGACUUGUUGUUUUGCUGUAGUGAUUGUCUUUGUUGAGUCAGAGAGCUUCUUUCUGCUCUCAGUUUCUUUAAGAACUCACACCUUGGGUCUAUAGAAACAGGCAGAAACUUUGAGCCAGAGGCUGUUGCUGGGCAAUAAACAGAUCCAUGACUUCUCUAUUUUGGCUUGUCCCAUAAUCAAGCUAAAAAUCAUCUCUUAUUGCUUCUUAAAAACUUGCAUUGGAUUUUUUUUCCUGAAAAUUGCUUGAUUUUCCAGUGAACUGCAGAUAUUUUACACUUCUAAUUUCAUCUCUUGUUUCCAAGAAAUAACAUGAUAAAAUCUCUUCAAAGAAAUAUUCCACAUUCCAGUUUCUCAGUCCAUUAAUAUAUAUGUAUCCUUAGCAUUGAUAUUGCCAGAAUUUUUACAUAACAAUUGAAAUACUUGUGCAUAUUUUAGAUAAAUAGAAUUUGUGAAUAUUGGGAAGAUGAUGUGACAAAAUACAAGAAGGACAAACACACAGAAAUAGUUAGACUGCCCAAUCCUUGGGCAAGAUAUCAAAAUUCUGAUGGAAUCGGGUUAGCAGAAAAUACUGACCAGGUUACUGUACUUGAUAAGAACUCCAGUGCUUUAUUUUCUUAAUAUGUAAAUAAUAAUCACAAGGAAACAGCUGUGAGCAACAACAUGUGCCUGUAUUCAUUAUGUGUCGAUUUGGGUGCUCACUGUGUACUUGCAAACUUUCAAGCUGCUGCUCACAGACAUCCGUUUUAAAUCUCUGAGCACAGAAAAAGCACAUUAUCUUUAAAGGGGCAAUGUUUUUCCCCUUAGCGUUUUACAAACACCAAAUUCUAACUUCCUGUUUCCUAAUCCACAAAUGCUCUACGCAACUUCGCGACGUCUCCCCCUUUAAGAAAAAAAUGAACCAUCAUUAUGAAACGAUAGCUUCAUUUUUUUUCUUCUAUUUUAUAACCUUAACUCCGAUGUAUUGUUAGAUUCAUAGCUCAUUAAUGUCGAGUUGCUCGUUCUAUAUUAAUUCAAUUAAAAUAUAACAUUGAACACUACCGUUACUAUCUUACAUAAACAUUUUCUUUUAAACUCAUAUGAAAGCAUCUGUGAUAAUAUUUUCACAGCCCACAACAUGUACAAUCUGUAAAUUAAAUUCUUGUAACAAGAGACUCCAAUGAAAUAAUCUGGUGUUCUUGUCCUUAAAUCCUCCCAGAAACGUCAAAGGAUUGUGAUCAGUAUACACAAUCACCUCUGAU